GCUUUUUGCCGAAUACGCACCACAGCACAAGCGGUCCCCGACAGACAUCUUCCCUUCACCUUAUAGUUUUAUGUUUUAUGAGGGGAAAGUGGAGUGGUUGUCCAACCGAGCAAAUAGCAUAUUUAUAUUAAUGAGUAAUCCUAGAAUGACAAGCUAGCUAUUAGUCCUAUCCUUAAGUUACUUUAUACUCAAGUAUUCUCAUUCUCCUCACAUCAUAAUCCCAAAUACUAUCAUACUGGCCCACCGUCCAUCCACCCAUCCUUUUGGUUUAUUUUUCUUUUUUAAUCCCUAAUUAAGGAUAAUGCAUCUGCAGUAGGUAUGUUCUACUACUACUUUUUUAUUAAUCCGGGUAGUUGGCCAUUUUGGUGUGCUCCACAAUUUCCCAUUACCAGUUUCUUUGGCUUUUCUUUUACUUGAGGGAACUGUCUAUACCUCGUGAUAUCCUCCUUGAGAAAAAAGAUUAAACUUCGCUUUCUCUGGCUACCACCCUAUACUUUACUAAGACCACAUGAUCUAGUAUCACUACUUCCUCUUCUCCUCCUCCUCUUUUCCAAAAGGAUAUUUCUUGUCCUGUAUGUUUCCUCUCUGGGAGUUUGUAAACUUUAAAACGUGCUACAAGAUUCAAAUUGUCUCUGCAGCUGUCUCCUUUUGUUUUUCUAUCAUGACGAAUUAGCUUUCAAGAGCUCAGACUUGAAAAAUUCUUCCUGUCCAUCCCUUUAGACUGCUUCUGCUUCUGCUCCGUCGCUACCUUAUUAUAUCUCUCUCAUUGUUUAUUUGCAUCUGGUUUUGUUGGUAAUCUACUUCUACAGUUACCAAGGGGUUGAUAUCCUCCUACGAUUUUGCUGGUUUGGAACUGGAGGCGUCAUCAUGAAUUUAAACUGGUUCGUGCUUCUAUUCAUCUGCUUUAUUGGACAAUCUUCAGGACAGCAGAGACAAACUGAUGAGGUGAACAUUGGAGCCAUCUUUUCGUUUGGUACCACCAAUGGCAAAGUUGCCAGAAUUGCCAUGGAAGCUGCUGUUCAAGACGUCAAUUCUGAUCCUUCUCUUCUCGGCGGAAGAAAACUUGCUCUCACCCUGCAUGAUUCAAACUUCAGCGGAUUCCUAGGAAUCAUUGGAGCAUUACAAUUCAUGGAGACCGAUACCGUAGCUGUAAUUGGCCCUCAAAGUUCUGUAAUGGCCCAUGUACUCUCUCACCUUGUGAACGAACUCCAUGUGCCCCUCCUAUCUUUCACAGCAUUGGACCCAACACUCUCACCUCUUCAGUACCCUUAUUUCAUUCAGACGGCUCCCAAUGAUCUUCUUCUAAUGACUGCCAUAGCCGAUAUGAUUAGUUAUUUCCAAUACAGAGAGGUUGUUGCUAUUUUCUCGGAUGAUGAUCAAGGUCGAAAUAGUAUUACCGCUCUAGGUGAUAGACUCGAUGCUAGGCGCUGUAAGAUAUCUUACAAGGCAAUACUUCCGCCUGAACCUAUGUCUACUCGUGACCUGAUCAUGGCCGAGUUGGCUAAGGUCAAAUCAAUGGAAUCUCGAGUUAUUGUUCUACAUACAUUAUCCAUAACAGGUCUCAAGGUCUUUGAGAUUGCCCAGGAGCUUGGCAUGAUGACUAGUGGGUAUGUUUGGAUAGCUACUUCAUGGCUUUCCAGUACUCUCGAUUCAACUUCAGUUCCGCCAAAGGUGGCUAGCUCUGUACAAGGUGUUCUCACCCUUCGCUCCCAUACGCCAGAUUCCCCAAAGAAGAGGGCUUUUCAAUCAAGGUGGAACAAGUUGAGUAAUGGCUCCAUCGCUUUGAAUGUUUAUGGUCUGUACGCCUAUGAUACUGUUUGGAUGAUUGCCUAUGCAGUCAAAGAGUUUUUCGAUCAUGGAGGCAAGAUCACCUACUCAAAUGAUUCCAAUUUGAAUAGUUUUUCUGGAGAGGCAAUGAAUCUUGCUGCUCUUAGCAUAUUCGAUGGUGGAGAGCAACUGCUUAGUAACAUAUUAAAGACUAAUAUGAGUGGGGUAAGUGGUCCAAUUGCAUUUAACCCAGAUAGAUCCAUGCUCCGUCCCUCAUUUGAUAUUCUCAAUGUAGUUGGCAAAGGAUUGCUAAGGCAAAUAGGAUACUGGUGUAACUACUCUGGGCUAUCUGUUGUGCCUCCAGAGUCUCUUUAUGCCAAACCAGCUAACAGGUCAAGUUCAACUCAACGGUUGCAUCAGGUUAUAUGGCCAGGGAAAACUACAAAAAGACCGCGUGGAUGGGUAUUUCCAGACAAUGGGGGGUCAUUAACGAUUGGAGUCCCGAGGAGAGUUGGCUACAAAGCAUUUGUUUCGGAAGAGGAAGGUACUGGAGUAGUCCGUGGAUACUGCAUAGAUGUCUUCCUUGCAGCCUUGAAGUGUCUUUCAUAUCCUGUGCCUCAUAAAUUCAUCUUGUUCGGUGAUGGACACAAAAACCCAAGCUACACUCAGUUAGUAAACAUGAUCACAGCAGAUGUAUUUGAUGCUGCAGUGGGUGACAUUACAAUUGUAACAAACCGCACGAAGGUUUUGGAUUUUACUCAACCAUACAUAGAAUCAGGGUUAGUGGUGGUGGUACCUGUGAAGAAGAUGAGAUCGAUUGCUUGGGCUUUCCUGCGGCCAUUUACUCCCCUGACGUGGGGAGUCAUAGCCGCUUUUUGCCUUGUUGUGGGAACCGUAGUGUGGAUACUAGAGCACAAAUUUAAUGAUGAAUUUCGUGGCCCACCCAGGAAACAGGUGGUCACAAUUUUAUGGUUUAGCUUCUCAACGAUUUUUGGAGCCCCAAGAGAAGACACAGUGAGCACAUUGGGUCGAAUUGUACUGCUUAUAUGGUUAUUCGUAAUGUUGAUAGUUACAUCGAGCUAUACCGCAAGCUUGACAUCGUUUCUAACAGUUCAACAGCUCUCCUCAUCUAUCCAAGGAAUUGAAUCAUUGGUAACAAGCAAUGACGCAAUCGGGUACCAGGUAGGCUCUUUUGCUGAGAACUACUUGUUUGAAGAAGUCAACAUUGCAAAGUCUAGGCUUGUUCCUCUUGGAUCACCAGAAGAAUAUGCUGAUGCCCUUGAACAAGGAAGAGUUGCUGCUGUGGUCGAUGAACGUCCAUAUGUGGAUGAGUUUUUAGCAACUUACUGCGGGUUCCAAAAAGUUGGCCCAGAGUUUACCAGAAGUGGGUGGGGAUUUGCAUUUCCGAGAGAUUCCCCCUUAGCAGUUGACAUGUCAACGGCAAUCUUGCAAUUAUCUGAGAAUGGAGAGCUAGAGAAGAUUCGCGAGAAGUGGUUAAACAGAAAAGUUUGUGGGGGGCAGAGCUCUGCGGUAGACUCAGAGCAGCUUCAGUUGAAGAGCUUUUGGGGUUUAUUCCUCAUUUGUGGAGUUACUUGCUGUUUCGCUCUGCUUGUAUAUUUCUGCGUCAUGUUGUGCCAGUUCAAACGACAUUUUCCUGAAUUAACGCGGCGUUGUACUUCUACUGGAACUAGAAUAUCACAUUCUGUCCGGCUUAAGAAAUUCAUAUCUUUUGUGGAUGAGAAGGCAGAGAUAUCUGCAAAUAGGUUGAAAAGAAAGCGGAUGGAAAUAGAAAACCCUUCCAUUAGCUAAUGCCAAUCGAAGCUUGAAAUGAUGAUCAUUUUCCAAAAGAGAGACUCGGAACCGUUUUCAUUUCCAUUCUUGUACAUUCAGUUUUUUUAUCACGUAACAACAGUGUAGAGAGCAUCUAGUGUUCAAGAAUUAAGCAUUAACUUAUAGUAGUGUAAUACAAUACGAUGUUAAAGUGCUAUUGAUGUACAUCUCCACAAGAAUAAGGAAUGAGAUGUUGUGUUUUGGGCUA